AUGAUCUUGUCAAGCUUCUUGAGCUUCUUAGGGAAACUGUUCUUUUUGGAGUCUUUCAAUGCUUCGACCAGAGCAACCAAAACAAAACAUCCUUGGUUGUCGUUGAUCCAGUUUUUCAGAACCUGUUCGUCUUCUCCGUUCUCAAACACCGUCUCGGCGAAGCUAGCGGCAAAAUCUUUGCCCACGCCAAUGUUUGGAACAGUAUCAACCUUCUUCUCCUUAAAGUUCCACUUACCUCCUUGGAUAAGGGACUUCAAUAAACGAGAGGUGAACGGUUUGCUCAAAAGAUGGUCUUCUCCAAGAUCCUCCUUCAUCUCAGACAAAAUUAGCUCCAGCAGCUGUUUUCUUGGCUCCUCUGUCUCUUCAGGGAAGUCGUUGUUGAGUAUGAGCUCCAGAGCGAACUGGGAUCCAAAAUUUUCACGCAGGAUGGAUCUUUUCUGGACGAUAGAUGAAUGGUCUUCUGGAAAACUUUCCAAGAACAAGUUUUUCAAAUGUGUCUUUGAAAACGCUGGAGAAUGUUCUGUUCACGAGAACCGUAUCGUCAACGGUCAUGAAGAUUAUCUGCAGAACAAGCUGUCCGUGUUCGUCCUUGGCAAGAGCCUCUCCGUGUGGUUUCAGACCUUUCAAAAUGUUCUUUCUCUCUUUAGCAUUGGCCUUGGCGAUCAGAGUGCAUGCAACCUCACAACCCUCCUGGGUGUGCACAAGCUCUGCGAUCUGGUCUUGCAGGAGCUCGAUAAGCGCGCGCACUUCCUCGUUCUCGAAGAUCUGGACGUAUUCUCUCAUAACAGCAUGGAGAAUCUGGAAUCCGGUAGAUCCUUUGUCGACAGAUCCACGGAUAGUGGUGAUCAGAUUGUUGGCAAUAAGAGAUCUCUUCUCUUUGGACUCAGCACAGACUUCCUUGAUAGUUCUGGCGUCAGAAGUAUCGCGGAAAACGGCAUACUCCGAUCCCCAGAACUCCUUGAUCAUCUGAGACUUCUGCUUGGAAGUAGCAUACAAAACAUACAGGUCCUCCACCACGUAUGCUCCCUCCCUGUGACGGAUCAAUUUGCGAAGCUUUCCGUGUAA